AUGACUGAUACAUAUUUUUCAUUCAAAGAUAAAAUGUUUCCUUUAUUAGAAGAUGAAAAAAUUCCAACUGAACAAUUUUUAUCAGCAUGUCAAGGAAUUGCUGAAUUUGUUGGAUUUUUUGGUGCAGCUUUUUCUCCAGUUAAAAAUGAUAUAAUGGGGAAUGUAAUCAAAGUAAGAACAAAAUAUGAAAGUAAUACAGAACGUAUGCCAACAAUACAAGAUUUAAUUGAUACUGAUCUUAUUGAUAACAAUGGGAAAUUAGGUAUAGCAACAGAAGGAUUGUUAUGGUUAAAAAGAGGUCUUGAAUUUAUGCUUCAAAUGAUAAUUUAUAUGGUAGAAGAGUAUAAUGUAAAUCCAAACAAAGAGGAAACAGAAAAUUUAAAAAAUGUUAUUAAUAAAGCAUAUGAAAUUACACUUAAAAGGCAUCAUAAUUUUUUAGCUAAAAAUCUUUUUAAGUUAGUUAUUCAUGCAGCACCUUAUAGAAGGACAAUUUUAAAGCAUGUAGCUUUAGGAAAAGAAGGUUGUGAUGAUAUAUGUAUUGAACAUAUAACAUCACAUCUUGAAAAUUUUAGAGAAAAUGUUGCCUCAUUAGUUAAUUAUUAUUAUUUAAAAAAACUAGAAACUAGACCAUGA